AUCCCCGUGCUGGCAUCCCGAUGUCAAAGUACGCUACUUGAUAGCCAAGGAAUGCUAAGUGAUGCAGAUAAAGGCCUCAUCGCCCCCAGCUCAUUCAUAGUUUACACACAGCGUAGUUAAGGGACUAGAAUAAUUCCCUCAAGGGUUUCCCCUAUCCUCUCUGUCGUCUUUACCGAUCGGAGCACCUCCUUUCCCUGCCAUGGAUCCAGGUGUCGACGGUAUCAUGUACGAAGAGGAGUUCAUCAACAACUCUCGUGGACUGAAGCUUUUCACCUGCAGAUGGCUGCCGGAGAAGAAAGAACCCAAAGCCUUAGUCUUCCUGUGCCAUGGCUAUGCCAUGGAGUGCAGCAUAUCCAUGAGAGACACUGGAACUCGGCUGGCGAAGGCAGGUUAUGCAGUUCACGGGAUAGACUACGAAGGCCAUGGCAAGUCCUCUGGGUUGCAGGGCUACAUCCCGAGCUUUAAGAAUCUGGUCGAGGACUGCUCCGAACACUUCACCAGCGUUUGCGAGCGAAGCGAGAACAAGAAGAAAGCAAGGUAUCUCCUGGGAGAGUCGAUGGGAGGCGCCGUGGUCCUCCUCCUCCACAGAAGGGAACCACCCUAUUGGAACGGUGCUGUUUUGGUUGCUCCCAUGUGCAAGAUUGCUGAUGAGAUGAAGCCACAUCCUGUCGUCAUCAGCACUCUGACGAAACUGUGUAACGUCAUACCAACAUGGAGAAUAGUUCCUACCAAAGACAUUAUAGAUAUCGGCUUCAAAGUUCCUGAAAAGAGAGAGGAGAUUCGAUCUAAUCCAUACUGCUACAAGGGAAGGCCACGACUCAAGACCGCUCAUGAAGUCCUCAUGGUUAGCUUGGACAUCGAGAAGAACCUAAACCAGGUUUCACUGCCGUUCUUGGUGGUGCAUGGCGGGGAUGACAUUGUGACGGAUCCAUCCGUCAGUAGACUGCUCUACGAAACAGCGUCGAGCGAGGACAAAACGCUGAAGCUCUACCCUGGGAUGUGGCAUGCGCUCACGUCCGCCGAACCCCCAGCCAACAUCGACCUCGUCUUCGCCGACAUUGUCGCUUGGCUUGACAGGAGGACGGCCGCAGAGGGCUCGAGAUCGGAGAUGGAACAGAAGUCGAAGCACGAGGAGCAGCAGCUCUUCCAUGCGCAGGCCAAGCAGUCCCCAAUCGCAUCGUUGUGAGUUGCGGUGGGAAUCUAAGCAUCACCUGUACAUUAGACUGAUAAAUAAGGGGUGCAUAAUCUGUUUGCGAUCGUCUCCUAUGGGCUUAGCAACUUCACAGAACCAUCAUCGAACACAAGAAUCUAACUGUUCCUUCA